AUGAGAGUUUCAUCGGAGAAGACGACGUCGUCGGAGCCAGAGGCGGGGCCAGAGAGCAAGAAGAUAAAGCGCAUUCGCGACUCGAGCAAGCACCCGAUGUACCGCGGUGUGCGGAUGCGUAACUGGGGCAAGUGGGUGUCGGAAAUCCGCGAGCCGCGGAAGAAGUCGCGGAUAUGGCUAGGCACAUUCCCGACGCCAGAGAUGGCGGCGAGAGCUCACGACGUGGCCGCCCUCAGCAUCAAAGGCUCCGCCGCCAUUCUGAACUUCCCCCACCUGGCGAACUCACUCCCACGCCCGGCCUCCCUGGCGGCGCGCGACGUCCAGGCGGCGGCGGCGAAGGCGGCCCACAUGGAGCCCUCCUCCCUCUCCUCCUUGGUGUCGGCAAUGGACCUCUCCUCUGCCUCGGAUGAGUUGACCCAAAUAGUUGAACUUCCAUCCCUUGAAAGCACCGAUGAUGGGUGUGCGGAGUUGGAGAAGGAGUUCGUUUUCGUGGACUCGGUGGACGCGUGGAUGAAUCAGCCACCACCCUUUGGUUUUGACGCCGAACUAGACACUGUCUUUGAGGGUUUCAUGUGGAAUUACUAG